UCAUAUUUUGUCGGGUCCUUAUCAUUAUUUGAAGUGUUCAUCAAUGCAAUAAUACAUUACAGGCUACAGCACUAUACAAUACAUGCUUUAGCAACAAGCAGACUAUUGACUGCUGACCAUGGUUGUAUGUGUACAGUGUACAAUUGUGCUACUGACUACUGACUAACGAGUGUAGUGCAGAAAUGCUGUUUGCACGAUGUGAUGUUAUAAAAUAAAAACAUUUUUUAUAUUGCUCUUACCUUAAUUAUUGAUGAUUCCAUUUCAGGAGGAAUACCAUUACGUUACAGUUUAAUGAUCUAAAAGGUAGAAAACAAAAGUAUGGGUUCCGAUGAUGAUCAAUUUGAUUCUACGGUCGACAACAGUCAUCUUUAUUUAAAUGAUGAAGUUAUAAACAAAUAUAUGGAUUUAAUAGCAGCACGUUCACCCAAGACAGUGUAUACAUUUAAUACAUUUUUUUACUUAGCUUUGUCUGAUAAGGGAUAUUCUCAUGUUUGUCGAUGGACAAAAAAAAUUGAUAUAUUCUCAAAAAAAAAAUUAUUUAUCCCUGUUCAUAUUGAAGAAGACAAUCAUUGGUGUUUGGUUUAUGUUGAUUUUGUACAGAAAUUUAUUAAAUACUAUGAUAGCUUAAGAGGACGUAAUUUUAAAUGCCUAAAAUUAAUAUUGAAAUAUUUGAUGAUGGAACAUGUUGAUAAAAAAGGAGAAGAGUUUCAUCCUAGUGGUUGGUUAUUAAUGAAUGUGAAGAACUGCCCACAACAACUAAAUUAUUGGGAUUGUGGAGUAUUUGUUUGCAUGUUCGCGGAAUACUUGUCAAGAGAUGCUCCACUGAAUUUUUCACAAAAACAUAUGGAUAGAUUUAGGAGACAAAUAGAAUUUGAAAUCAAGAAAAAAAAAUUAAGAAAAUCUGUAUCGGAAACUUAAGUUUCUAUAACAAAAUUUAAAUGAUGCAUAUUUCUACCUUAUACAUUUGUAGGUGUUAUUGAUGUUGGAAUAUCAUUAUGCAUAAUUUGUAUUUAAUGUUAAUAACUAAUAUGUUAUAAGUAAUUAUAUUUUAACAUAUUAUUUACUUAAAUUAUAUAUUGACGUAUUUAAGAUACAAAUGUAUAAUA